UUUAUGAGGUCACUGACAUAACCUGUUAAUCCAGUCCAAUAUUUUUAUCACUUGAAUGGUGCUGGCACAACUGGUAAUGUCAAUGGCUUCAGUAAAUCGGGUCUGGGUUUGUGUGUGUGUGUCGUAUUGUCUGUCGCAAGUGUCGGCCUUGCCGGUCAAUAUCACCGAGCAUGUCAUGGCGAGCCUGGACUCCAGCAAGCUGCCCGUCGAGGAGAAGCCCUUCUACCAGCCGCCGCUACAGGAGGUCGUCGAUGUGUUGUCGGCGGGGCUGCCGUCCAACUUCGAGUCGGUGAAGGUGGAGGUGGUGGACUCGCCUGACUUCACGAAGGCUCCCUUCGAUCUCACCUCGCCCGGUAUAUCUGGCAACGUAAAGCUGAUCGAGCUGGGCGGGCCGCCCUUCAUGCUGCCCACGGUGCAGCGCGACAAGGUGUACGAACUGGCGGGGCUGGCGCGAGCGCUGGGGCGGGAGCGCGCGCUGGUGGCGGGCGCGGGAGCCGGGCCCUGGCCCUGGGCGGGGGUCAACUGUGAGGGCAUCAUCAACCUGUCGAUCCGCGACGGUAAAGUCAACCAGGGCACGCGCGUGGUGACGGUGGACCCGCCCGGCGCGCCCAAGGGCUCCAGCGGGUACAAGCUGCAGCGCCUACCGCAGAACGAGACCAGGACGGCGCUGCUCGGGAACUUCCUCAUCAGCGAUGGACUGCCCGGGAAGGUGAUCAAAGUGGUGGCGGAGAAGCGCAUCGGUGAAUCCAACUUCAUCUCUGCCAUCAGGGAGACGCUGCUGAAGCACUACGGAGACAAAGUUGUCGGUCUAGCGGGCACGUUCCUGCUGCUGUCGGGGCGCGCCAAGCACCACGUGAUGCCGGACUUCCCCGCCGAGCCCAUCCACACGGAGGCCGGCGUGGACCGCUGGCUGCACUACUACGACAUGCCCGCGCCCAUCUUCUAUGUCGGCACCAUGGUUACUGGCGAUAUGGGCCUGGACCUGCGCCUGCAGCACUUCCACGGCUACGGCGCGGGCGUGGGCGGGCACUACCACUACGACACGACGCCGGGGGCGGCUCGCUACGAGGGCUACUUCACACUGGCCGAGUCCGUGCUGCGAGUGGACCGCCCGCCCGUCACGCACGGGCUGGGGCGGGACUAGUGCGCUGUGUGACGGACUGGAUUUGACGAGUGCUAGUGUAAUUUAUUGGUUGUUGAGUAAAGUUUGUUGUUGUUUA